CCCAGCUGAUACUACAGUAAACGCGAAAGUUUUGUUUGGAUGUGAAAAGUUAAAUUCUUUUAUUUGUUUUACUUUGUAUAGAAAGAUGCCUAUUUUAAUAAAAACAUCUUCACCAACUACACUUGAGGAAUAUGCAAUUGUUGAGUUGCAGGGAGAUCUCGAAAUUCGUUCUGGAGAGAAUAUUCAUAAUCUGUUCAUAGGGGACUUAUAUUAUAAUAAAUACGGGCAGCCUAUACUUAUAAUUGGGCAUCAUAUUUUGCAAGGACGAGAGCAAAAACUCGAAAAACCUUUCGCAGUGCUUGAAAAAUUGAAAAGUAAGGAUGGAAAGUCUUUAUUAAACGAUACAAAUAUGGAUUCCAACACUACACUUAAUAGAACAAUUGAUUGUACAAUUUUAGACAGCACAGUUGCUCUGGAAAAUAAAUCACGACAAAAUACGGAAUACGUAGUUCGUGCUUUAUGCACAAAAAAACUCAUCUUUAAAUCGCGUCCAAAACCUAUUAUUGCAAAUGUUGCAACUUCCGUUUGAAAUGAAAACUAUUAAUAAAAUGUUUAUAUUUUUAUAAUAAACCCAUAAUACAUUCAAAUA